AUGAAAGUUAUUCGUAAUAGUUUCUUUCUUCUAGGAAAACUGGUCAAAGUACUCCACGAGAAGUUUCCUGCGAAUAUUCCAUGGUUUAGUGUCGGCGUUCAGUAUGUUAUAGAAGCGUCUGGAAUGUUCACCACAAUUGAAAAGGCCUCGGGCCAUUUGAACAGCAUCGGUGUAAAACGCGUCAUAGUCACUGCGCCAAGUGCUGAUAUCCCUAUGCUGAUAAUCGGUGUUAACGAGGAAAUGGUUGCUCCUGAUGAUACCGUGGUCUCCUGUGCGUCAAGCACGCUGUAUUGUUUGGCGCCCAUAAUCAAAAUCCUAGAAGACAACUUUGGUAUAACAGAGGGCUUCGUUACCAGUAUUCACGCCAUGACUCCUUCCUUAAAACCGUUGGAUGGUCUAUGCUUGCGAGGAAAGCACUGGCGAGACCAUAGAAGCAUACACCAAAACAUUAUACCAGCAGUGACCGGUGCCUGUAAGGCUUUGAAUAAAAUCAUACCCCAGAUUAGAGAUAAACUGUCAGGGCUGGCUUUUCGUGUCCCUAUAGUUAAUGUUUCCGUUCUGGAUAUCUCUCUAAGAAUAAAUACGGGUACUUCUAUGGAAGUCGUCUUAAAAUGCUUACAUCAAUACAGCAAUUCGUCGAUGAAGGGCAUAUUAAGGAUAUCUAAUGAAGACGCCGUAUCUUCCGAUUUCCUUGGAGAGGAACAUUCUUGUAUUUUCGACGAGAAAUCGAGCUUUCAAAUGUCACCUAAUUUCUUUAAGCUCGUUUGCUGGUACGAAAACGAACAUUCUUAUGCGUGUCGCGUUAUCGAUAUUAUACUAUUUUCGGAAAGGCAGUUCCAAUGUCGCUUCUCUCCAAUAACGAUUGGUCCUAGACCAACUAGGGCAGCUACCACAGACAGAUGCAGGUCCGUAUUUGUUCCGCACAAUUAUAGCUUCCCAAUAAAUCCUAACAUGAUAUCCAGCACCUCUCAAGACACCGGUUUCAAAAUAAAAUUGCACCCGAAAACUUUGAAAAAUACAACUUUAGGCCGUCACUAUUCACCAACAAAUCGGACGACAUUAGGCCGAGUUGUUAUGAAGACCAAAGAAGCAUUGAACUCAUUUCAUCAUGACAAUAUAAUUUCGCAAACGCAAACACGACAAACAGUACCUACAAGUAAGGCGAGUUCUUUCUUUCAAAGCUGUGUGCAUUUUGAAUCUACACAGCAAACUAAAAUAAAGAAAAAUGAAGACGAACUGAGAAGAAUUAAACAUGAAUUUUCUAAAGUGGCAAGUUUAACAGAGAGUCUAUUGAAAAAGUCGAGUCAUGAUAAUAAUGAGUUACGUGACGCAGUUAAAGAUAAAAUUGAAAUACAAGAACCUACUCAAGCAUAUGAAGAAAAAAAAAUGAAAUACAUGGAUGGCACAGAGAAGGUAAAGGAUAGUAAUAGUAGAAGUCGAAUAUUUCCAAUGCAUCGCGAUUUCGAGGAACCCGAACCGAAACAUAAUGACUGUCACAUCAUAUCAGACCUAGAAAAUAAACAAUGUAUUCAAAGAGGAACUAUAAUCAGGAUUAAAUUAAGCGACACCCAUACAAAUGAUAUGAAAAACAAUACUAUACUAUCACAAAAUGCCUGUAAAAAAUUAGAUUACGAAACUAAACUAAUAGAUAAAAUCGAAAUUAAUUCUCUUCCGAGUAUAUCGGAAGUUGCACUGCAACAAAGAGAUUUUCUGGAAAUAAACAAUAUUUGCACACCAUAUUUUUCUAAUAAAAUACCACCUGAACAACAAGCAUUUGUAUAUAAUGUAUUACAAGCUCCUAAGGAUGAUGAAUGUAUACAAAACAAUAUUAGAAAAACGGAAAUCCCGACAGAAACUAACAACGACGAUGAACUGCAAACAAAAGACACGUUGGAUACUCAAUGUAACCAUAAAGGUAAUAACAUUUCGGAAGAAAAUAAACAUGGUGUUGAUGCAAACAUUAUACUAAAUAAAGAUACGGAAGAAGUAAAUGAGAGUAGUGAUCUAAAAACGAAUAAAAAUAUUUUCGAGAAAAUCAUUCAAAGAAUUUCUAUGAACAGAGUUCAGCUAACAUCAGAUGAACCAUCACGAAGUAUAAGUCCAUUACCAUCAAUAAACAACCUAAAAUUACGGGGAACCAGACAAGAUAUUUAUGAUAAAUUAGAUAGUGCUUCAGGUUCUGAAAACUCUUUUGAUUUCAAUGAUAGAAAGUCUCAAGUAAUAAACAUUACAGAUUUAACUAAAUCCAUAGAAGACAUUGCACGGCUAGACAAAAUUUGCAGGAUAAUUGAAAUCUCAGACGAAUUAUCUGACAAGUUGUUUUCAACAAUAAAUAACACUAAUGCUCAGGGUACCGAAACGAAAACCUGGUCUUUCAAGGACUUGUGUGAAAGAAUUAACUUAGAUGAAUUUUGUAGUAAAGUAUUCACUCCAUGA